AUGUCGGCUUUGAUAACCACCCUGAAGCAAAAGCUGUUCGCCCAGCCUAUGGUGGCGCCUGACAGCUACAAAGGGAAAAAGGCCCUCGUAACAGGGGGCACUGCUGGACUCGGCCUUGCCACCGCCAUCCACCUGGCGCAGCUCGAAGCUUCAACCAUUGUCAUCACCUGCAGAGAUGCCGCCCGCGGUCAGAAUGCCAAGAAGAAGAUCGAAGAGGCCGCCGGCUCUUCAAAGGUCACCGUCAAGGUGCUGGAGCUCGACAUGAGCAGGUACUCUUCCGUUGUUGCUUUUACCGAGACGCUCAAGAAAGAGUUUGGCGCCGAUGGCGGUCUGGAUUGGAUAUGUCUGAACGCCGGCGUGCACAAUGCUUCAUGGGAGCAGAGCCCUGAGGGUUGGGACAUGGUGAUUCAAGUCAACGUGCUCAGCACGGUCCUCAUCUCGUUGCUGCUGCUGCCCUGGCUCAAAGAGCUCCGCAGCCAGCGCCAGAGCCCGGCCCAUCUCACCAUGGUCAGCUCCGGCCUGCACACAAGCGCCAACAUCUCCCGGUGGGAGAAGAUCGCCGGACAGGAAGGUCUGCUCAAGCACUUCAGCGCCAAAGAGAACUGGCCCGGUUCGCCGGCUCAGUAUUCGAACUCCAAGCUGUUGCUGCAAUAUUGCGUCAAGGAGCUCUCGCAGCAGGCGCUUGACGCUCAGGGAAAGCCCGACGUCAUCAUCAACACAUGCUGUCCCGGAAUGGUCGCGACCGAGAUCACUCGAACGCUCAAGGAAAAGCACUUCAUCUUCAGGGUCGUUGAGCCACUUGUGAUGACGCUGGUCGCUCAAACGCCUGAAGUCGGCUCACGUCUGUAUCUCAAGACGGGACUCACUACCGAGGCCGAUCAUGGCAAAUUCAUUACCAACUACAUGACAAACGAUGCUUAUACAAAAAAAUCGAAGGCUGUUGUUACGAGUGAAACCGCCCAAAAGCUCCAGAAACUUGCCUGGGCCGAAGUAACAACGGAGCUGAAAUCCAAGGUGCCGGCCGUCUCGCAAGCAUUGGAGGCAAAAUAG